AUGAGUCAGACUCCGAUUCCUGAAGAGUACGACGACACACGUAUUUUGGCGUACAACCCGUUAAUCCAACCUGCUUUGUUGCAACAUGAAAUCCGAGCAUCAUCCAAGUCAUUGGAAACGGUGAUCAAAGCCCGGAUACAAAGUGGUAACAUUUUAAAAGGUAGUGAUGAUAGAUGCUUAGUUAUUGUCGGGCCUUGUUCGAUUCAUGAUCCUGAAGCUGCCAUGGAAUACGCUGGUAGAUUGAAGGCAUUGGCUCAUGAACUUCAAGACGACUUGUGCAUUAUCAUGCGUGCAUACUUGGAAAAGCCUAGAACCACUGUGGGUUGGAAAGGUUUGAUUAAUGACCCUGACGUUGAUAAUUCUUUUGAAAUCAACAAGGGUUUAAGAGUGUCUCGUCAAUUAUACUCUGACUUGACCAAUAUGGGAGUGCUGAUUGGUUCGGAAAUGUUGGACACCAUUAGUCCUCAAUACUUUUCUGACUUUCUCUCCUUCGGUGCCAUUGGCGCUAGAACCACUGAAUCUCAGUUGCAUAGAGAAUUGGCUUCAGGGUUAUCGUUCCCAAUUGGGUUCAAAAACGGAACUGAUGGUAACGUUGGUGUCGCUUUGGAUGCAGUCCAGGCCUCUUCAAAGGGUCAUCAUUUCAUGGGUGUAACCAAAGAUGGUAUGGCUGCUAUUACCACCACAAAGGGUAACGACAAUUGUUUUAUUAUCUUGAGAGGUGGGAAGAACUUGACUAACUAUGGUCCUGAUGCCGUUCAAUCUGCUAAGGCCGCCAUUGGUAAAUCAUCAAAUCCAAAUGUCAAGAUUAUGGUUGAUUGCUCCCACGAUAACUCUCAAAAGGACUACAAAAACCAGCCCAUUGUGUUGGAUUCUGUUGCUGACCAGAUUUCUAAAGGUGAAGAUACCAUCAUUGGGGUCAUGAUUGAAUCCAACAUUAAUGAAGGUAAACAAGGAAUGCCUCCUUUAGGGAAGGACAGAUCCGUGUUAAAGUACGGUGUUUCCAUCACCGAUGGGUGUGUUUCCUGGGAAUCCACCGUUGAAAUGUUGAACAAGUUGGCCAAGGCUGUUCAAACCAGAAGAGCCUUGAAGAAAUAA